AUUCUGACGAAAUUAUGGAAACUUAUAUGAUUUCUGUACAAACUGAUGAAAGCUUUGAUGAAUCGAAAGAAAAAGAAAUCCAAUGGCAUAUCUCUUCACCAGAAAAUAGCAUGAAAGAAAAUGAUAGUGAAUCUUAUUUUGAGCAAGAAUUGAUAAACCAAUUUGAAAAUCACUUAUUGAUUACUGUUGGAUAUCAAUGUCCAAAAGAUGAAAUGAUUGAAAUUUACAAGGAAAAUAUUAAAGUCAAGCAA